AUGAGCUUUUCCUUGUAUAAUAAAAGAUUUCAUGCUCCAGCUCGCGAGCCGGCCCUGGAUUAUGAUGUCAUUCUCCCUCUUGAUGACGACAUUCAAUUGUCUGUGGCUGAAUAUCGAAAUAAGUUGUAUGAGAUGAUUCUUGAGAGAAAAAUUAACACUCGGCGACAAAAACGAGAAACCCUGAAAGAAAGUGCAGACCCUAUGGCCAAACAUUCCGAAGAGCCAAGUUGUGUGCAAGCAAAAGAGGACACAGAAGCUCCUAUGGGAAAUACUGGCAGUGUUCCAGGAUCCCUCAGCCACACUGUUCAUCAUACUACGGACUGCGUUACUGCACCUGCUGGGCAAUCAGACACCCUGCAAUCUGCUCCUAAACCUAAGCCUCCCAUUUAUAACCCUAUAACACACAGUGUGACACAGUCUGGAUCUGGGCACUGGCGAGGUGGCACAGCACCCAAGAAGUCAGGAUGUCAGCCAAGCCAGGAACAGAACUCGUCCUCACAGCCUGGCAUGCAUGGGGUCAAUAAAAACGUGGAACCAAGAGGAAAAACUGCUCCUGUUAUCAGGGCGCGUUCUUUCUCACUAACCCAGCAAGCACGUGCUGCAGCCCCUAACCACCUUCUCACUCGUAAGGAGGCAGCACCCAAAGGAGCGGUGAGCGUAGCCGCAGUCAGUGCAAGGCUGAAUCAGCGCACUCCAAUAGCCGGGACUCGUGAGCUGCGAUCGGCUCAGAAAUUCAGCAGAAAGAUGUUCCAGGGUACAAACAACAUUGGCACAGCCGGUGACCCUAAGGCUUCUCUUCAGAGUUACACACAGGCCUAUGGGACCAUCAGCAAGUCAGCGUUACAGAGUCUGCCCUUACAGAGCUGCUCAAAUGGGGAAAAGUGAUGAGGCGAAGAAACGCGGGAUAUCCUGCUGUAAGCACAUGAGCGGCUAGUGGCCCUACUUUCCAGGGGCCAGAGUGUUACAGUUGUCUGCUGGAUCUUCCAUCCAGUCUAAGUGCCUGUUCUCCGCUGUCCUCAGAUGACAUUUCAUGUCUGUCACAUACAUCGUAACACACCAUAUGAUAUGUGCCUUGUCUGUAGCCCAAACCUGGGACCACCCAUCAGGCAAUAAACAAAGUGCAAUAAAGUCCAAGUGAUGUGUUUUCCUGGGUGUCGGACCCUUUGUGAAGUGAUAUUUCUCCUUGAAGAGCGUCUUUUAUAACAGCCCAAUGAGAUAAUAAAGGUGGUUUAUUUAUUCA